AUGAUGCAAGGCGGCGGGCGAUUUUGGCUGGCGGAGUGGACGUCCUUGCGGAGGAGACUGGCCACCAGGGUUUGCUGCGAGGGUGGGGGAGGUAGGGCUGGGAGGAUGGGGCCGGCAUCCACGCCCCAGCGGCUAGAGUCAGUGCUGGGAGCAUUGAGGGAGCUGGGCAUGACGGAGGAAGAGGCAGCCACGGCCGUUUCUCACCACCCAGGACUGCUCAGCUACAAGAAUACUGGGAAGUGGGCAGAGAGGGCCAUGGCGUGGAAGGCACUCUUGGGCAUUUCUGAGCAGUCUGAGUUGAUGAAGGACCUGGCCAGGAGGCCUGCUGCCCUGACGAUGAGCGGGGGGAAUUUGUGGAAGAACAUUGCGCUUUUGGAGCAACAAGGGUGUUCCAUGGAAGUCAUAAGGGGGAUCAUUAGGAGGGAGCCUGUGGCUGCCUCCAUGUCCACAGAGUCCCUGAGGGCCAAGGUGGGCUUUUUGUGCGGCUUAGGCGUGCCGCAGGAGAAACUGCCUGGCAUCCUUUCUGCUUGCCCAAAGGUGCUGGCACUCUCCAUGGAGAAAAACCUGAAGCCCACGAUCGACUGGCUGUCCAAGAAUGGUCUGCAGAAGAGCGACAUAUCAGCUGUCCUUCAGAGGUUCCCACGAAUGCUGACCUACUCCACGGACAACAAUCUGAACCCAACUGUGACUUGGCUUGUGAGCAUGGGUGUUCGUGGCGAUGCACUGGUGACCGUCUUGAGGCGAUUUCCCCAGCUUCUGGGCUGCUCCGUGGACAACAAGCUCAAGCCAGCUGCUGAGUGGCUGGCAAGUGCGGGGCUAACGGGUGGUGUGCUGGCCAGUGUUAUCCGCAAAUGCCCUGGCGUGUUGGGCUGCUCACUGGAAAAGCUCACCGCCAACCAUGAGUACCUCUCUGGCAUUGGGAUAAAAGGGGAUGAGCUGGUCAAGAUAUACCGCACCCAACCCACGAUACUGACACUGGCUCUCAAAGGUCCCCUGAUGCAGCAGAAGAUUAAGUUCAUCGAGCAGACCAUGGGAAUGGUCCCCAGGGACGUCAUCACAAAGCAUCCACCCAUUAUUGGCUAUUCGCUGGAGAAGCGACUGAGGCCCCGGUUUCUGUUCUUGGCCCACAUUGGGCACCCAGUGUCGUUCCAGAACUUCACUUCAGCAUUCACUGCAUCAGAUGCAUCUUUCCGAAAGAGGGGCUUGCUCCUGACUGGUGGCCACAUCGACUUUUUGGAGUUCUGCAGAAACUUGGGGACAACAAAAUAG